AAAGGGGAGCGGCGGGCGGGCGGGCGGGCGAGCGAGCGGGGCAGCCAUGGCCUUCUGCAGGUUCUUCGGCGGGGAGAUCUAUCAGGGCCACUUCGAGUCCGGUAUAUACAUUUGUUCCAAGUGCGGCUAUGAAUUAUUCUCCAGCCAGUCCAAAUUCCUUCAUUCAUCCCCUUGGCCAGCCUUUACCCAUCCUAUUCACAGUGACAGCAUCUCCAAGUACUUAGAACGCCCAGGAGCUUUCAAGGUCUCAUGUGGCAAGUGUGGGAAUGGCCUGGGCCAUGAAUUCCUUGAUGAUGGCCCCCAAAAGGGCCAGUCUCGUUUCUGAAUAUUUAGCAGUUCUCUCACAUUUGUUCAUAAAGAUCAAUCUGGGAAGAACAUGGAAAAAUAAACAGGCUGACAACAUUUUGGCCAACUCCACUCGUGAGCCUUUGGUGUUGGAUGGGAAGCUUCCAUUGCAACAUGAUCUUGAACUGGAUGAAACCAACUCGCUGGACUUCUCCUCUUCAUCCAUUCAGGUCCAAGUAGCCAGCAUCUGGUUUGGCAACGAGAUGCUUGGCAGAGUGUGCUCCAAGUGCUGGAAAGCCGCACCUCAGAAUUCCCCCAUGAGUUCCAUAUGCCAGAUUAUUUUGCUCCGAUUCAGAUGUGAACUGGACUUGCUCAGGUUAUUCUUCUUAAGCUAGUGGGCCAGGGACCCGUCUUAAUGGGAUCUGGCAGUGGCAUUUUUCAGCAGUGUUUUUCAGUGACGUUUUUGGCUUCCCACUGUUUGUUUCCACUGCUUAUGCUAUGCCAGAGAGAGGGGAGUUACUACCAGUUGCAACCCAAUAUUUGACCCUCUUUCUUCACUGGGUCCUGAGUGAACGGCCUCCUAGCCUUUGUGUCCAUAUGGAAUCAAAGAGAUGGGAUGUGCCCUUAUAGAUUACUUCUACUUCUGAAAACCACACAAAAAAUGUGGCAGGAAGCAAUGGUGCCUCUGGAGGAAUUUUUUGGAAAUGUUUAAAAUGUGUGUUGGGGUUUCUGGUGGUGCUUAAGACUCCUGUGUUGCAUCAGAUCCCACCAGGCAUCUCUAUCAGGACUCUGCUCCAGCAGUUCUUGGAGGUUAAGCAAGGCAAUAAUUUUAAUGGUCUGCUCCUGGCCAGAAGAAGCUGCCAUUACUGUUGUAAAAUUUACAGAUGGGCUGUGUUUAGGUAUUCCAGAAGGCCUUCUUCCCUUCAGCAGACAGUCUGCAUUCCUGAGUCCCUUGUCCAUGACACACUGUGGAACACUCCAAAAUCUUUCCUCGGGCCCCCUCCACACACCCUCAGAAAUGUACUUGUCUUUUCCUACAGACUGACCUCCUCUCUCAAAGUGAGCAAAACUUUCUGGCAUUUGAAACUAUCCUUCUGUCAAGGUGAACAAGUGGCACCCUUCCUACUCCCUGGCAUAACAUUAGCAUCUGGUGGAUGCCACAAGCAUCAUGAUAACAGCACACAGUGGAUGUGAACUAUGUAAUAUUUGCAUAUAGGUUGUGAUGAUGUCUUGAUGCACAAGUGUCACUGUGGCUUCUGCUGCAUAUUAUGUAAUUCACAUUGUUUCCAUAAUGUUGCUAUGAUGCUCAUGAUGUCACUUAACUUUCCCCAUGUCUAUGUAUCCUGGGGGGGCAUUUUCUGGUACAGCAUCAUGGUAUGAAUUGCCCCAUGUAAACCCAUUCUGGAAAGCAGGGGUGAGGAACAUCUAUAUGAGCCUCCCAGAAAAUGCCCCAGGGAUAUUCCUUUUGCACAUAAUAUGGAGCUUUUGCACACGAUACGGAGCAAGUAUCACCUACAUGGCACCUUUAGACCCACAGACCUCUCAGGAAAAGAAAAUGAGCAACAUAGUUGGCAUUUAAUGUUUGCAUACAGCUGAAAUGAACUAAGUUUUUAAACGGUUGAUUGAGAAACACAUGAACUGGGUGUCCUUUUGACUUUAAUUUGAACCACUUCAGCUGCCAUCAGGAUCCCUUUGCAUCUCCAUUAAAAACAGUCACAGGAAGGCGAAUGAGAGCCUCACUUCUGAGAGCUGCCAAUGAAUGAGAAAUGCAUGAAAGGAGAGGUGGUUGGUCUUGUCUCGGCUGGAACCUGUGGAGGUCACUUAGUUCCUAGAGCACACUGUGGGUGACAAAGUUGGAUCUGAAUUAGAAUUUAGUUGCCUUUCAGUAGCCCUGCACCAAAGAAAAUACAAGUUGGCUGGUGGCCCAUCACAUGUGCAAGCUGUAAAUGGUAACAUAAGCCAGUGUGACCUCUCUGCUCAAAGGGCUAAUUGCAUAUUACAGGGAUCAAUAGCUUUCACUUUGCCUUCCUUUGUGAUCAUCCUUUCUGAAGGAAUUUGGUGAAGCCUGGGCUUUGUUGAUUGGUCAUCCACCUGUGAAAAUCCACCUCUGGCUGUUACUUGAGUUUCACUUUGAUGGAAAGUGUGAGAUUUCAGAGAGCUGAAAUUUCCCCCCAUGUUUUCACAUUCAUUUUUUCUUGCAUGUGCUGCCAGAAAAUGUCCAACAGAGUUUGCAAACUUUUAAAGUACUCUCAAACAUGAACAGUCUAGAAACUGAAUUAUAAGGAGCAGCAAAAUCUCCCUCUUCAGUUCUCAAGCCUCAUCACAAUUUAACAAAAGGACAUCUCCUCUUUUCAAGAUUGAUUUUUGUGAAAGAUCUUUUGCUUCUACCAUUGCUGUUGACAUUUUAUCCAAGGAUUGAUAUGUGCUUUUUUGCUUUUUUAUUUUAAAUUUAAUAAGAAUUCAGGUGUCAACUGCAUGGCUACAAGGAAGAGUUGAUGAUUCCAUUUUGACUUCAAGAUAGCAGCUGUGACUAUGCAACUGAAGCCUUGUCCUUUAAUGCAUCACAUUAAACAUGUAAAAGGACAGGGACUCCACUUGCAUAGUGUCAACCAUUUUUUUUCUUAGUGUCCUGUGGACACUCUUGCAAGAACUUUAGAUUCAGGUACAUGGCUAGUUGAUGACUGUAUUUUUUGGAGUAAAAGACGCACCUACCUUUUUUGGUUGUUUUUUUUAAAGGUUUUUUUUUUAUUUUUUAGACAAACACACAUACAAACAUACAAUGUAUUUUCUUUGAACCCAUAAAAUACAAAACUUGGUUAGAGCUAUAUGCGGUGCUGGAUAAAAUGGUGGCUCAUAUUCACGUGUUGUUAAUUGUAUAAUUCUGUAAUCCCAAUAAAUAUUGAAAGCCAGUUUGGUUUAAUGUUUAAGACAUCAGAUUAAGAACCAACAGACAGUUCUAGUCCUGCCUUUGGCAUGAAAAUCGCCUGGGUAAUUUAGGGCCAGUCACUCUCAGUCCAAUUCACCUCACAGGAUGUUGUGGGGAAAAUAGGAAGACUAUUAGGAAUGUUUGCCACCUUGAGUUGUUUAUAAAAAUAAUAAAAUCAGGAUAAAAAUAAAUUUAGCCCCCAAUUCUAUUCAAUGGUUUAUUAGUUGUAUCCAGGCAACUUACAUAGGCAAAUAUUCUCUUGUUCGCUUUUAACAAGCUAAACUUCUAUAGGAAAUACCCAGCUAUCAUGACUGAUUUCAGAUGUGAACUCCAGAAUAAUAGACAUUACCUAGAAUUAUACGAGUCUAUAAUUAUUGGUGGUUUUAUUUUCAGCAUCCCUCCUAAUUAAUCCAAGCAUGGAAUAUGUUAUUGUUUAUAGCAACCACACAUCAGGUUCUGUGGGGCUGAGGCUUUAUUAAUAGACAAGGAGAUUGCUCCACGCUAUUUGUUCUUUAUCUCUGUGUAUAGUGUGCUAGGAACAAGGAACUUCUCAAAAUUUGCAAAACUAAAUGCAGCUGUAAGCUUCCAGACAGCUGACCAUCUAACUUCUUGCAUAUCUUCAGCAAAGAUGGGAACAUAGGUGGGAGAGGGAUAUGGUCUUCCGGAUGUUCCGUAAUUCCCAAAUUCUCUCCUGGUCAUACUAGCUAGAACCAGUGAGAGUUGCAGGGUUACACCAUCUGGUGACACCAAAUUUCCCCCUCCCCUGGUUGGCUUUAGUUUCUCUGCUUUUGGAGGGCAGCAUCAAAAAGACCCUCACAUGUUGAAUGGGAAGUCUGUUCUAGAGUGGCACAAUUCAUAGAUGGCAUAAGCCAAGUCUAUGUUGUUUGUCUUGCUAAUAAUCUAAUGAUUGGGAAACCCCCAAUCUUUGUGAAAUUUCUCAAUUGGUGGAAAUGCACCAGCCCAGAAAGUUUGAUGUCUCAGACUGAAAAUAAAGGACAUAGAUGCUGCUUGGUGGCAGAACAUCUUCUCGAUGCAGAGAAGGCCUGGACUGCCACUUCAGAAGGAGUCUGGGAGCACCUUUUUCAAUUCAUAAAAUUGUAUUAAAAGGGAGAAGCUUUCCUGAGCUGCAUCUCACUUCAUAACAUACAUCGUGUGACUGGACUGAUGCAGGACUUGGGGAGGGGGAGGAGGUGAAGAGGGUUUGAUUAUGCAGGUGCAGGUGGCACGUGAGACAGAUUACAUAUUGUAAGAUGUUAGAAACCCAUUCUCAAGACUUUUUGAGAUAGUUUGAAACCUUUUCAUGUACUGUAUGUGAAUUAAACAAUCUUAACGGUGUGAUUAAAGUCUCAUUUUCCCAAAACAA